AUGUCUUGUACAGAAAAAUCGAAUAAAUAUUGGAGCUAUGAUAAUCCAUCUGAAUGGUCAAAACAUUUUCCAUCUGCUAAUGGAUUAUGUCAAUCUCCAAUUAAUAUAAAUACAAUUGAUACUAUUCCUAAAUUUUAUUCACCUUUUAUAUUUUCUUCAAAAUAUAAUUCUGAUGAAUUAUUUAUAUUGAGUAAUAAUGAUCAACAGAUAAUUACAACAUUAGCUAAAUGUACUAAUGAACAAAAUACAAAUGAAUUAUGGUUUACUGGUAGUGAUUUAAAUGGAAGAUUUUAUUUUGUUAAUUUUCAUAUGCAUUGGGGACGAAAUGAUAAACAUGGAUCUGAACAUGAAAUUAAUGGACAUCGAUUUCCAGCUGAAGCACAUUUUGUUCAUAAAAAUUAUGAUAAUGGACAAAUAGUUGUACUUGCAUUUCUAUUUACAAUAGAUAAUAAUGAACAUAGUGAAUGGGAAAAAUAUGCUAAUGUUGCAAGUCAAUUAAUUAAAACUCAUGAUAGAACAACUUGUAUAUUUAAUUUAAAUCGUCUUAUGCAAGUUAAAGAUAGAGAAUUUUUUCGUUAUAUAGGUAGUUUAACAACACCACCUUGUACUGAAGGUGUUAUAUGGACAAUAUUUUCUCAUGAAAUUCCAAUUAAAGAAGAAAGUUUAAAUUUACUUCGUCAAAAUAUAAUGCAAAAAGCUUAUCGACCAGUACAACCAUUAAAUGAUCGAACUAUUUUUCGAAAUUAUGAAUAUUCAAAAAUGAUUUGA